GACGGCUGAGGAUGGAGGAACCUUUAUCUCCUCCUGUUUCGUUUGUACUUGCCAUAGAUUUCCCGCAUUCCGAUGAAGAUCUUGGUUGAAAUGCGAAUUUCGAGAAAAUUUCACGUCAUUUUUUUUUCCUCAAUGAAUUUUCUUCUCGAUAUCCUCUGUAUGCAUUUCUGCAUUGAGCAAUGAUCACCUACUACCGGUUGUAAGCUAGCUCAAGGUCCCAACGUGUCAGUGUUUGAAACGUCCAUGGAAUCUGAGUCGUGCAAGAGUAGCCAUGGCAUCCGGCAUAUUGAGGAAUGCCUGUCGUCGCCACUUCUAUCGCAGCCUUUGCUCUUAUACCCAGCACUUGUGGAGACCAACAAAGCAAUCACCGUCAAUUGACUGGAUGACGCAUGCAGUUUCUGGCAUUCCCCAAUCUGGGUUCAGGCCUGUUUGUUCAUUGGUGAUCCCUCUAGAUUAUGUAAGCCAUGCUUCAACACUAUCUUAUAAAUAUCUAUCUACCAGUAGCAUGAAUCCUGAAGAGCUUGCUGCAAAGAAACCUGUCGAAGUUGCUUCUAAGGAAGGGGAGAAGGCAGAGGAAUCGCAUCAAACUGAUCCUGCUGGGAAGCCUAUUCGAAGAGGGCCUGUCACAUGGUUGAGCCUUUUGUUGCUGAUCUUGACCGGAGCAGGACUGAUCUUUUAUUAUGAUAAUGAGAAGAAACGACACAUUGAAGAACUAAACACUGCCUCAACAGCAGUAAAGCAGGGACCAUCAGUGGGAAAAGCUGCUAUUGGUGGCCCAUUUAAGCUUGUGAACCAUGAUGGGAGAUCUGUUACUGAUAAAGAUUUUCUGGGAAAGUGGACCCUGAUAUAUUUUGGCUUCACUCACUGUCCUGAUAUUUGUCCAGAUGAACUGCAAAAGCUUGCUGCUGCAGUUGACAAAAUAAGGGCAGCGGCGGGGAUUGGAAUCGUGCCUGUUUUCAUCUCAGUGGAUCCUGAGAGGGAUACUGUGGAGCAAGUUCGUGAAUACGUCAAAGAAUUUCACCCAAAUUUAGUUGGGUUGACUGGUAAUGUGGAUGAGAUACGACAAGUUGCUCGUGCUUAUCGCGUUUAUUACAUGAAGACCGAAGAAGAAGGAUCAGAUUACCUGGUUGAUCACUCGAUUGUCAUGUACUUGAUGGACCCCAACAUGGAGUUUGUGAAAUUUUUUGGGAAGAACUAUGAUGUUGAUGCACUUGCCGAGGGCAUAAUCAAAGAGGUAAAACAACACAGAAAGUAAAGAAAAAAAAAGAGAGCGUGAUUUUGUGCUUAGUCCUUGCCCACAAAUUUAUUUUUCCAAACUUCUUUUUAAUAAUCAGUUUUGCACCAGUGGUUAGUUUCAUCAGUUCCGUUCAUGCUAUUUGUAGCAACGAUAAAGGGGGGGACCCUUAAUUUUUGGAGAUAUAUUCAGAAGUGUGAAAAUAUUUGAAGCAAAAUAGUUGAUAGAUUUAGACCAGUAAAGUGGUCAUCAUUGAUAAGCAA